UACAAUAAACAAACUGUUCUCAAGUUGACUUUUAUGAUUAUGACCAUUUUUCCAUCACUGUGCAUCAUCAAAGUAUUAGUGAGUUAAUUUAAACAACAUAAGUAACCGAUCCCACACUUCCUUCUGUGUUUCAACUAUUCCUUGUUUAGUAUGGAUUUAUCAAUCAACCUUAUCGUUUAUGGUGUGAAAACAAGUGGUUUUGCGAUCAGCUGAUGAACCGAUUAGACCAGAACAGUUCUAAUUGAGAUAGAAUUUUGGAAGUUUCUUAUCGAAUUUGUGACACACUUUUGUUAUCAACAUUUCUGAUUGUUAGAACAUACUACCUCAUAGCCAAACUGUGAAUGUAUUGGCUCAGUGUCCUUCCGCGCAUAUAAAAUAAAUGCAAAGCUGAUACGCAUCAUCAGUGCUGGAGUGUUUUUCUAUAGGUUGUUUACACUUUCGUCUCUCUGUUUUGAAUCGUUGUGUGUGUUCCCGAGGACAGUGCAGGGGAAUGUAGUAUACCCCAAUAUAAUUUAGUAAUUCAAUUGAUUGGAUUGCGCAUAGUGUCAGUAUCUUAUCUUAGCAAUGCGUUGAGCUCCUGCUUUUUCUAAAUACUGAAAGUCGAUAAUAUUUAAUUCAAAUCAGCAGUGAUUACCAUUUUUGUCUAUCGGAGUAAAUCGCCACCGACCGUAGAAAUAAUGACGACGGAACAAAAAUUAAUCCAAUUUCGAAACUGUCGUCUUCUGCGUAAUCAUCGAUUAGUGGUGGACGAUCUUUGGGUUCGCGCUGGCCAAAUUAUUGAUCCGGAAAAGGUAUUUUUCGAUGAGAAAAGGCAAGCCCACCGACAGAUUGACUGUAACAAUGCCAUUAUCGCUCCAGGAUUCAUUGACUUGCAAAUCAAUGGUGGUUAUGGUAUAGACUUUUCAAACGAUAUCAGAACGGUUGAAAGUGGUAUUCGUAGAGUGUCCAAAGGAUUGCUGACUCACGGAGUAACGUCGUUUUGUCCAACACUAGUCACAUCGCCGCCCAGCACGUAUCAUGCGGUUUUACCGAGAAUUCCCAAAAAAGCUGGUGGGUACCAUGGUGCCUCGAUUCUCGGUUGUCACGUGGAAGGUCCUUUUAUUAACAGUAGUAAGAAAGGAGCACACCCGCAGGAAUGUAUAAAGGAAUUUGAAAAUGGAAUACAAACCGUAUCGGAUAUGUAUGGUUCAUUCGAUAACAUCAGCAUAGUCACUUUGGCACCCGAAAAAGAGGGUGCUUCUGAAGUAAUACAAGAGCUAAGUAGGCGAGGAGUUACCGUGUCCGUUGGGCAUUCGAUGGCUAAUUUGCAUGACGGUGAGAUAGCGGUGCAACACGGUGCAAGAUUGAUAACGCAUUUAUUUAAUGCGAUGUUACCAUUUCAUCACCGCGACCCGGGGCUGGUGGGGUUGCUUACUAGUGACAACAUUCCGUCGGAUGCUAUGGUUUACUUUGGUAUCAUUUCCGAUGGGGUACAUACACACCCGGCGGCGCUGAGAAUUGCCUACCGAACGCACCCGGAAGGGCUUAUUCUGGUUACGGACGCAAUAUCAGCGAUGGGCUUGACGGAAGGCAGACAUAGAAUAGGACAGAUGGAUAUGGAGGUACGCGGAGGAAAGGCGUACAUAGCCGGUACAAAUACCCUGUGCGGUAGUAUUGCACCAAUGGAUGAAUGCAUUCGGUUCUUCAAGAAAGCAACUAACUGUUCGAUAGAAUAUGCGUUGGAGGCGGCCUCUCUACAUCCCGCACUGUGCCUCGGAAUAGAGAAGCACAAGGGAACAUUGGAAUACGGUGCUGACGCUGAUUUCGUUAUUCUUAACGACUCAUUGAAUGUUUUAUCUACCUGGAUCGCUGGCGAUUGUGUUUUCGAAGUUAACACAGACGAUAAACUAUCUGCCGAAAUUUUUAACUAGAAGAUCUGAUGUUUUCUCAAUUCUGUAACUUUUGAAUACCAUUUAAAACAACAUAGAUUGAAUUGAUAUUUUUAUUGAAA